CAGAGACGACCAGAGGGCAGCCUGAGACGACGGUUCGACGCUUCAUGACGCUGCCAUGGCGAAGUGGGAUGCCUGAAAGGUCAGAUGUUCUUCCUGGAGCUCCUUCCCUGCGCUUGCAAUGUGAACAACAAAGGAGAAGCUCCUGAAAUCAUUGCAGCCAGCUAUGCCAGCGAUGCGAUAGAACCGGUGCCUUUGCAAGUCCCGUAUCAGCCUCUUCUUUGUUGCGAUGGCUCUGAUCAGGACAGGUGAAGCCAGGUGGCAGUUGCAUAAGGCUUGAAGUGGACAAUGGAGCUCAAGGUGAAUGCUUGUCAUGCCAUGAUUGUGUUUCGACCCUUUCGUUCAAAGGUGAAGCUUGAUUUGCAUGAUCUUCUGGAGGCGCAGGACAGAUUUCGUGUCACACAGAUCGAGAAGCUCAAGUCAGACUUGGAAUCAGAAGGAUUUUCUCCGCCAUCGGAGGAAGUCCCGAUGAGCCAAACGCUCACAGCACGCAGCCGCCGCGACUUGAGCCUCAGCAGACAGGCGACGACCACAUGCGAAGGCUUUGCGGAGCUGAGCCCGGACAACUCGGAGGACGAGCCGCAGGUGCUGCUGCGCCGCAGUCAGGCCGGCAGCCGUCUGGACCUUCUGGCGCCCGUUGAGGAAAGAAAGGUUGGCAAGCGAAUCACGCUGGCGUUGUCCCGGGCUGUCAACAAGAUAUCCUGCGCGAGGUGUCUUGGUGUGAGUUCUUCCCUCGUGGACUGCGACAGGGACAAGAUCCUAAAGGAGGUCAUCUUCGGAGAUUUCCUGGAGAGCGACGGGUGUACAGUUGAUACGGACGCUUGGUACCGAGAAGUGCAGAACGAGAUGCCGCGGGAUCAGUUUCUGGAUGACAGUCCAAGCCCAUCUUCAAGCUCCCGGCACAUCUCCAAUGCGCUGGAGGCUGUCUUGCAGGACAGCAAUCUUCCACACAGAUCAGAUACCAGCCAGCUUGACCGGCCACUGUCCGAGUACUGGGUGAACUCCAGCCACAACUCCUACUUACAGGGCAAUCAGUUGACCAGCACAUCAUCAGCAGAUGCACUGGCCAAUUUGCUUCGGAAUGGCUGUCGCGUUGUGGAGCUGGAUGUAUUCGACGGCCAGAAGUAUGGCAUGCAAGGCCCAUGUGUGCUUCAUGGUGGAACAGCGACCACAGCUGUUUCUCUCCAAGCUUGUUUGGAGGCCAUCAGAGACGCUGCUUUUGAAACUUCAGCGUGCCCGGUCAUCAUUACACUUGAGAACUAUUUGUCGCCAGAAGGUCAGAGGGAUUGUGCAGCCCUGCUUCAAGACGUACUGGGCGAUGCGCUAUACGUUCCGCCUGCGGAGGCGUUGUCAUGGCGCUCGCCCGGCGAGCUGCUCGGGUGCUUCCUGCUCCGAGACAAGUCUUGGCAUCUAGACGAUUCAUCGCCAAAGUCCGAUGCAUCGCGCCCUGCGCGAGUGCCGGAGCUUCAGAAGCUCAUUUCAAUUGGCAAUGUCAAGUUUCGCUCUUUCAAGGAAGCCAAGAACUGGCAGGGAUGCACAAGCUCAUCCUUUUCGGAGACCAAGCUCCUGCAAUUGAUUUCGAAGUGUGGGUUGGAGGCCAUGCGCAGAUACACUACGAGGCACAUUGCCCGUAUCUAUCCGGCUGGCUACCGAGUGGACUCAUCCAAUUAUGAUCCGCAGGAUGCUUGGGAAGCUGGAUGCCAGAUGGUGGCCCUGAACGGGCAGAAAAGUAUCUUCUUCCACCCGCAUGCCGCGUGGCUCAACGCGGGAAGGUUCAGAGGCAACGGAGGGUGUGGCUAUGUGCCCAAGCCUCAACAUCUUAUGCAUCUGCGGCUAUCUCCAGAAGAUCGACCAGAUCCUGUCAAAUUGAAAAUCACGGUGCUGGCGGGCAAUGGCUGGGAGGCUUUUCGGGACUUUGACAUCCUCGGGCCUCCAGAUUCGUAUGUUUGCGUUGAAAUCGCUGGAGCGUCAGCCGACCGAUGUUUGGAGAGAACUUCAGUGUAUACGGCACGAGCGCGAACGGGCCCCAAGGCUCAGCCAGUCUGGAAGCAGCGCUUCGAAUUCGUUAUCACUGAUGUCUCGUUGGCAAUCAUCAUGCUGGUGGCAUGGGAUCAAGACGUGGACUUCGAUGAUCUUCUUGGCCAGUACGCCUUUCCGUUGCUGGAGCUGAAGCCAGGCUGGCGCCGAGUGCCCCUGCUCAGCAGCAGCGGAGACCUCCAAGAGGGUGAUCCUGCGCUGAUUUGUCGCUUUGAGCUUGAGGUUUUGGUAGAGGAGCUGGCCUUCCAGAGAGAGAAGCUCCUCAUGAUGCUUGACAUGUACCCCAACGGCGAGUUGGUGGAUGAGGAGGACGAGUUCUACUCGGUGCCCACCAAGGAGAACAUGUUGAAGGCCUUGGAGUGGUUCACAUCGGAUGUCAGGGAGGGUGACAGCCUGGCCUUCAUCUUCUGUGGGCACAUGGCUCAGGUGCAGGAUUACAUGCUGAGCGAUGAUGAGAGGGUCCAGGAGGCUUUUUGUCCUGUGGACUGGAACAGCUUCGAUCGGCUCGUGCCGUAUCGCCUCCUCACAGACAGAGAGCUAAACCGCUGCCUGGCCAAGAUGCCAGCUGGCGUGAUGUUGACGCUGGUUCUAGAUGCGGCAGUAUGCGCAGCUCCAGUGCGGGUUCCGCUCAAGCACUGCGUGGCGUUCCCGGGGCGUGAAGAGGACAACGAACCGGUGACGCAGGCUGCCUACAGCAAGCAGAAGCCCCGGCUUGGCGAGCAGGCGAAUGCCAUUCCACGACGCUUGCCGUGCACGAUAUGGAGGCCGCUGUGGACACGCUUCACGUGGGUACAGCCAGACCUGGCCGCUCCACUGCAUGAAGGCUCUGCGGUGUUCUGCAUCACUGCCAGUGGUCUGGGUCAGUCAGCGCUGGAAGCCUGGCUCGACGGCUUGCAGCAGGGAGUGCUCACCUAUUGCCUGCUGGAGGCACUGCGCAAGAAGCUGGUGAAAGACUGCAGCUUCCUGGACUGGCUGGAGGCGGCCAAUGAGGUUGCAAAGGUGCUGCAGAAGAAGGUGCCUGGCAUGGACCAGCACUUUGAGAUAGCUUAUGGCAUGCAGGGCCAGAAGAGUGCAAGAUCUUUGAUGCCGCCUUUGCACUUGCUGCGAAGGACCGAGCGAAGCGGCGACGUGGUCAGGCCGGUGAGUGCAGUGACCACGACUCUGGUGCUCUGCCAGCGCGUGCAAAGAGGCUGCACGCGCCAGGAGCCCGCGCGGCGGCUUGCUGCACUGGCCCGGAAUGAAGAGAGAGCAGCCAGAAGCUACCUGCAAAAAGCAGGCUUAGACUCGGAGGAUGCAGAGGUCUCGGUGAGGUGUUUCCUUUCCGCGCUGAAACACCAAGACCCUGCGGACCGAGAAGGGACGCUGAAGCAGUGGCUGGAAAGGCGAGCGCAGCGAGAACCUGUUCAAUACAUAUUGGGCAGCUGGCCAUUCUAUCCACUGCCUGAAGAGCUGUUGGUGCGAGCGCCUGUGUUGAUACCAAGACCAGAGACGGAGGAGCUAGUUGACAGGAUCAUCAAGGCCAACAAGCCUCGCCGCAUCGUUGACUUCGGCUGCGGUUCUGGUGCCAUCAUCGUAUCUUUGCUUCACGCCUUUCCAGCUGCGCAAGGCGUGGCGGUGGACCCAUCCACCGCGGCCAUCGCAUUGACAAAGGAGAAUGCCAUCAGAUGCGGAGUACGUGACCGGCUUGCCGCUUACCAGUGCACCGCCAAAGACUUUGCCAAGACUUCCAAAGAGGAUUCCUUCGACCUGAUAGUUUCUAACCCGCCGUACAUCCCGAGCCAUGAGAUCUCGACACUGCAACAGGAGGUUAAAGACUUCGAAGAUCAUGGAGCCUUGGAUGGCGGCAGUGAUGGCCUUGACAUUGUCGCUGAAAUUCUACGUGCUGCUUCUGCCAUUGGCGCACCUGGUGCCCGAAUUUACUUGGAAGUUCACCACACACAUCCCGCUGUAUUUGAAGCUCCCGAUUCCGCAAGCACGGACCUUGGCAUAGCCAUGCAGGGCCUGGAACUCAUACGCACAGUGCGGGAUGUCUACGGGCAGCCGCGCUUCAUCGAACUGGUUUUGCCUGGUUCGCAGGAGCAGGAGCCAGACAAAAUGGAGAGCUGCUUUUGCUCAGCUUUGCUGGUGCACAUUAAACAUUUCCAGCCCAUGCCAACGGCCUUGAUCGAUUUGUCAACUGGCAAUGCUUUCACAUCUUGCCGUUGGUCAAGCGCCCAGUUAGUAGCCAAGUUAUUUGCCGCGUAG